CAGAACAUUGCCUGGGAACUACACCAUGAUCACCCAGGUCUACCUGGUGGGACUCACCAGCCACCGGAGAACACAGAUUGCCCUCUUUGUGAUUAUCCUCAUUGCUUAUCUGAUCUCCAUGGUGAGCAACCUCCUCAUCAUCCUGCUGGUCCAAAUGGACUUCCGCCUCCAUACCCCGAUGUACUUCUUCCUCACCAACCUCUCACUCUUGGAGAUGUGCUUCACCAGCACCGUCGUGCCCCAGAUGUUGGCUCACCUGCUCACCGGGGAUGGGAGGCUUUCGUUUGGGCGCUGUGCCUUUCAGAUGUACAUGGCCUGCUCUCUGGGUUGCACCGAAGGCCUCUUGCUGGGGGCCAUGGCCUACGACCGUUACAUGGCGAUCUGCUGCCCCCUGGUGUAUGCUGUAGCCAUGAGCCAGGCACGUUGUUUGAUGCUGGCUGCCAUCUCAUGGGUAGGAGCCUUCCUUCUCUCUGGGCUCAUCACAGCCUUUAUCAUGCAGCUCCCUUUCUGCGGCCCCAAUGAGAUCAACCAUUUCAACUGCGAGUUUGUCAUGGUGAUAAGGCUGGGGUGCACCGACACGAGCUUCACAGAGGCCAUCAUCUUGGGGGUUGGGGUUUUAAUAUUAAUUGUCCCUCUGGCCACCAUCUUGAUCUCUUACGGACUCAUCAUGGCGACUGUCGUGCGCAUGAGCUCGGGCGAGAGCCGGAGCAAGGCUUUCUCCACAUGCGCCUCCCACCUGAUGGUGGUCACCAUGUUUUAUGGAUGCCUCAUUGGCCUAUACAUGAGGCCUCGGUCAGGGACAGACCCCAGCCAUGACAAACACGUUUCCAUCUUUUAUGUUGUCAUCACCCCUCUCCUCAACCCGAUCAUCUACACAUUGCGGAAUAAGGACGUCCAUGCCGCAGUAGCUAAAGUCUUCAGGAUAGAGCUGAUAAACACAAGGGCUGAGUGGUCUUGA